CAAUAUUCAACGUGGAGAGACAUUGCCACCUAUAUUAUUAAAGUUGUGGAUGAUCCAAGAACAUUGAACAAAAUCCUCUAUGUUCGACCACUUCAAAACACCUACUCUUGUGUUGAUCUUGUCGCCCUUUCGGUACAAAAAUGUGGGAAAACCCUUGACAAGUCCUAUGUUUCGGAGCAACAACUAUUGAACGACAUUCGAGAAGCUUCAUUUCCACUAUACCUAAGGCUAUCAAUUUUCUACUCGGUUUUUGUGAAGGGAGAUCAAACCAACUUUGAUAUCGAACCAUCAUUUGGAGUGGAAGCCACAAAAUUAUAUCCCGACGUUGAAUAUACAACUGUGGAUGAAUUUCUCAAUCAAUUUGUUUAA